UGACUCUUCAUUUUGAAACAAUUAUUUUCAGAAACAGAGACAGAGAAGAGAUAUGAACGGCGGAGGAAAGGUUGUCUGCGUUACCGGAGCUUCCGGUUACAUAGCGUCUUGGAUUGUCAAGCUUUUGCUCCUCCGUGGCUACACCGUCAAUGCCACUGUCAGAGACCCAACGGACAGGAAGAAAACAGAACAUCUUCUUGCACUAGAGGGUGCAAAAGAAAGACUCAAAUUGUUCAAAGCAGAUCUUUUGGAAGAAUCCUCUUUUGAACAAGCUAUCGAAGGCUGUGACGCUGUCUUCCACACCGCUUCUCCAGUUCUAUUCACCGUCACAGAUCCUCAGACUGAGCUGAUUGAUCCAGCCUUAAAGGGUACUAUUAACGUCCUUAAUACAUGCAAACAAGUUUCCUCUGUCAAGAGAGUCAUUCUGACAUCUUCCACGGCUGCGGUUCUCUCUCGUCAGCCUCCUAUUGGGCCAAACGACGUGGUGGACGAGACUUUCUUCUCCGAUCCAAGUCUAUGCAGGGAGACAAAGAAUUGGUAUUCACUCUCCAAGAUUUUGGCAGAGAAUGCAGCUUGGCAAUUUGCCAAAGACAACGGAAUCGACAUGGUUGUGUUGAAUCCAGGAUUUAUUUGCGGACCACUCUUGCAACCAACUCUUAAUUUUUCGGUAGAGCUAAUUGUGGAUUUCAUCAAUGGUAAGAACCUUUUCAAUAAUAGAUACUACAGGUUUGUGGACGUAAGAGAUGUCGCCUUAGUUCAUAUCAAAGCGUUGGAGACUCCUUCAGCCAAUGGCAGAUACAUCAUCGAUGGUCCAAGUAUGAGUGUAAACGACAUUUUAGAGAUUCUGCGGGAGCUUUUUCCAGAUUUGUGUAUUGCUGAUACGAAUGGAGAAAGUGAGAUGAAUGAAAUGAUAUGCAAAGUCUGUGUGGAGAAAGUGAAGAAUUUGGGAGUGGAGUUCACUCCUAUGAAAACAAGCCUUAGAGACACUAUUCUUAGCCUCAAGGAGAAAUGUCUUUUAUGAUUCUUUUCGUAUAAUUUUUAACUAUUGUGUAUUUUUAUUUUGUUAGUAUUACUAAUUAAAGUGAUUUAAGUUGUGGACACUUUUGAAAUCUAAACAUUUUAUAUAUAAUAUUGUUUAGGCUAAA